UUUAUAAUAUAAAAAAGGGAGAGAAAAUAAAGAUAUGGCGACGCGGGAGCAGCCAAACAGACCCUGAAGCAACCCCACGUUGCCAUAUUUGCCCUCACAACAACCACAAAUUACAAAUACUUUGCAUUCAUUCACCCUUCUUCGUCCCCUCAACUCGAUCUACGCCGACAUCCAUGAUCGACCACCGAUAACUUCGCCAUCCCUCGCCUUGCGCAGUGUUGACGUCGUUGUUGCGUUUCUAGGAAUACGACGACGACGACGGUGAAACGCUGCGUUUCGAGAAACGAUGAGGUCUUCUUCUUCUUCGGACAGGAACAGGAUCAACAUCGCUGCCAGUGCUCAGAAAGUCGAUGUCGAUAACCGAAUCUCCCUCCGAUUCUACUACCGCAUCGCUGACAACAUCCUCCGACAGGCUGAUAUCUUUCGUGCAGAGAAGAAUAUUAUUGACCUAUAUGUCAUGCUUUUAAGAUUUUCUAGUUUGGUGUCUGAGACAAUACCACGCCACCGAGACUAUAGAUCAUCUCCACAAAGGCAGAAAGAAUCAUUGAAAAAGAAAUUGUUAAUUUCGUUGAAUGAACUGGAGAACUUGAAACCAGUGGUCCAACAGAAGAUCAAUGAGCUUAACAACAAAUUUGCAUACCAACAAAAUGGACAGGGAAAAUUUAUUUCAAAUAAUUCACUGGAUUUUUCUCCUGUGAAAAAGCUAACUUCGGCUAGUUAUGGCCUAAUAAAGGCAGUCAGACCUACUGCUGGGGAGUUUGUUUACCAAGGAUCAAGGAGCCAACAGUUCUCUUAUGUCAGGCCUGUGGAAGAGCAUGUACGAAGACUAUCUCUAACUCUUCCACCUCCAAAGGAGGAAACUCUCUCAAGACAUUCUAUCCUUGGUCCCAACGGGCUAAAAGGGCAUUGGAGACCACCUAUCAUUGAUAAAGGGAUCAAGUAUCCAAGCAACAUAGAUCUAUCCCCUGUUGAAUUACCGAGCCUACAACAGUCCAUGGAAGAUGAAUCUCUGAAAAAGAAAGAUAACAGCAUUGCAGAACACCAUAAAUCAGAGUUAGCUUCAAUUCUAACCCAAAGUGAGGACUGCCAGCUGCAGCCCCAUCCCCAGCCUGAGCCUGACCAGGAGCCUCCUUCUCUUAUUUCUUUUGAAACAACAGAAACCUCUGCUCAAAUAGAAGUUAUCAGACAACCUUCUCCUCCACCUGUACUUGCUGAAGUACAAGAUUUGGUCCCUGCAGUGUCACCUUGUGUUAAUGAGGCAGGGUGUAAGACAGAGAUUCCGUCAUUAGAUAAUAGUGUUCAUGCCGAGGAUCCUCUACAACUGCACAUUUCAGCUGCUUUGAUGGAGAGUUUUAUGAAGCUUGCCAAGUCGAAUACAAAAAAAAAUUUAGAGACUUGCGGUGUCCUUGCUGGUUUGCUUAAAAACAGAAAAUUUUAUAUUACUGCCCUUAUAAUCCCAAAGCAGGAGUCAACAUCAGAUUCUUGUCAGACUACAAAUGAAGAGGAAAUAUUUGAAGUGCAAGAUAAACGGUCUCUUUUUCCCCUUGGGUGGAUCCAUUCUUCCAUUAUUGUAAUGCUGAAAUAUAUUAUUCUGAAUUGCCAGACACAUCCUACACAAUCUUGUUUUAUGUCGUCCAUUGAUCUGCACACCCAUUACUCCUAUCAGAUUAUGCUGCCAGAAUCUGUUGCAAUAGUCAUGGCGCCAAGAGAUAGUUCGAGAAACCAUGGCAUUUUUCGGUUGACAACCCCCGGUGGAAUGUCUGUGAUUAAACAAUGUGAUCAACGUGGCUUUCAUCCACAUAGUCAGCCUCCAGAUGGUGGUCCUAUUUACAAGACAUGUACAGAUGUAUACAUGAACCCAGAUUUAAAAUUUGAGGUCAUUGAUCUUCGAUGAUAAGAGUUAUGCCCUCUGUCAUUGUUCAUAGACCAAGCUUUUCUCCUAUAUAGGUUUUACUUUUACACCAUUAAUUCAGCCGUGGCCAUAAAGAACGGCCCGGCUGUGUUUGUAAAAAAGAAAUUAUGCUCGUUGACUGUUUAUUUUGAGUUGCACUGAUUUGAACUUUUAACGGCUGUGUUGCAUGCAUGGUCUUUUGUAUUAGUAUCAAUCUGUUUUACCCACUGCUGUAUAUCAAACAUAUGAAGAUCUAACCGGUAUGCAAUAAGUUUGUUACUUA